AGUUCACUUUCAACCAUGAGCCAGCAGACCCCGACCACCACGGAGCUGCCUGCACUGCCAGGGGACACAACAGCAGCCUUUGGGGUGGCAGACAUCAUCGUCGUGGUUUGUUACUUCGCCUUUGUCCUCACCACUGGCAUAUGGUCAUCAAUAAGAGCAAGACGGGGCACCAUUGGAGGCUAUUUCCUAGCUGGACGAUCCAUGACUUGGUGGCCUAUUGGAGCAUCCCUGAUGUCAAGCAAUGUGGGCAGUGGAUUAUUCAUCGGCCUGGCAGGCAAUGGAGCAGCUGGGGGCCUUGCUGUUGGGGGCUUCGAGUGGAAUGCUACCUGGGCACUUCUGGCUCUCGGCUGGAUAUUUGUGCCUGUUUACAUCGCAGCAGGAGUGGUCACCAUGCCCGAGUACCUGCAGAAGAGAUUUGGAGGGCAGAGGAUACAAAUUUACAUGUCUGUGCUGUCCCUCAUUCUCUAUAUAUUCACCAAGAUAUCGACAGACAUUUUUUCCGGAGCAUUGUUCAUCCAAAUCUCUUUGGGCUGGAACCUCUACUUGUCCACUGUGGUCCUGCUAGCAGUGACUGCUGUCUACACCAUAGCUGGUGGUUUAACAGCAGUGAUAUACACAGAUGUGCUGCAGACUCUGAUCAUGGUUCUGGGAGCUUUGGUCCUCAUGUUCAUAGGAUUUGAAAAAGUUGGUUGGUAUGAAGGACUUCAGGAGAAAUACAGCACAGCAACACCGAAGAUCAUAGUCCCAAACACAACCUGCCACCUCCCACGUGCAGAUGCCUUUCAUUUGUUCAGGGAUCCAAUCACAGGAGACAUUCCUUGGCCUGGUCUUAUAUUUGGUCUCUCUGUGCUGGCUCUUUGGUGCUGGUGCACUGACCAGGUGAUAGUCCAGAGGUCUCUCUCUGCCAAGAAUCUCUCCCAUGCGAAAGGUGGAUCGGUGCUGGGAGGAUAUCUGAAAAUCUUCCCUAUGUUUUUCAUUGUCAUGCCAGGAAUGAUCAGCAGAGCUCUUUACCCAGAUGAAGUAGGCUGUGUGGAUCCAGACAUCUGUAAAAGGGUCUGUGGAGCUGCGGUGGGCUGUUCCAACAUUGCCUACCCCAAACUUGUGAUAGAACUCAUGCCUGAUGGGCUCCGGGGUUUGAUGAUUGCAGUGAUGAUGGCAGCCUUGAUGAGUUCCCUCACCUCCAUUUUCAACAGCAGCAGCACUCUCUUUGUUAUAGACAUCUGGCAGCGGAUCCGCAGAAAGGCUUCAGAGCAGGAGCUGAUGAUUGUGGGCAGAGUCUUUAUUCUCAUCCUUAUAGUCAUCAGUAUUCUCUGGAUCCCAAUCAUUCAAUCAGCCAACAGCGGCCAGCUCUUUGACUACAUUCAGUCCAUAACCAGCUAUCUAGCCCCACCGAUCACAGCUCUCUUCAUCUUGGCAAUCUUCUGCAAGAGGAUUAAUGAGCCUGGUGCUUUCUGGGGCCUCAUGGUUGGACUAGCUGUUGGUCUUGUUCGGAUGAUCCUCGAGUUUAUUUAUAGCACACCGUCUUGUGGUGAGGAGGACAGAAGACCAGCUGUGCUAAAGGACAUACACUACCUCUACUUUGCGCUCAUCCUCUGUGUCCUCACUGCGAUUGUCAUUGUCCUUAUUAGUCUCUGCACCCCACCGAUCCCUGAGGAGAAGCUCGCUUGCCUGACGUGGUGGACAAGGCACAGAAAAGCACCUGCCAUUGACCUGAAGGAUUACAAGAGCGAAGCAGCACAGACCAACCCAGCCAACGGAGAGAGUGACUUGGUGGAAAGUGCAGAUUCCGGCGAGAAGCAGGAGGCAGCAGGCAAGCGUCCCUGCUGGAAAAUGCUGUACUUGUGGUUCUGCGGUCUGUCCACUGGCACCAAGCCCACCCUGUCCCAGGAGGAGAGAGCUGCUCUGGAGCAGAAACUCACCAGCAUCGAGGAAAAGCACCCGUGGAAGACUGUUUGCGAUGUUAAUGCUAUUCUCCUGCUGACCAUUAAUAUCUUCCUGUGGGCAUACUUCAGCUGAGGUAGAGUCAGGCAGUGUGUGGCUUUGGUUUCUCUCAGGGGUCCUCAUCUUCAUGUCCAAACUGGAACCAUGCAGUGACAGAGACCCUUGUGAUGGUUCCCAGAGGUGCCAGCACACCUUGGUGCAGCCCCUGCCUGGAGGCACUGCUUGCUGGAAAUGACUGCAGGGCUCAGUUUCUCUGUAACAUAAGAUGUGGCCAAGACUCAACACAUCCAGGAUGCAAGAGGUGUGUGAGACAGCAUGUGCAUCAAAUCAGAAGGCUUAAGGUCAAUUUCAAAGGUAAAGCUUAGCCAAACAAGGAGCAAAGGCUUUGGAAAGCCCAGCUGUGGCAUGGCUGAGUCCUCACUCCCUUCCUGCACCAGCUCAGGGCUGAUUUUGCACUGCUGCAUUUAGGGGAAGGACUUCUGGUUUACACUGGUGUGGGAAGCCUUCCCAUCCUUCCCGAGCCCCUUCACUCUGCCCGCUCUGCCAUGUGAUUGUGGGUCUUACAACAGCCUGAGCCUGUUUACUCAUCAGGCAACUCCUGCCCCUUAACAGCAUUGCCAGCAAUAAAGGUGCCUUUGUAACAAA